AGAAAAGACACAGGGGAAUAGACAUUCAUCUUAUUUGACAGAAAGGCGGAGGUCUGCUUCUCUUAGUAGUCAAAACAGUUAAAGCUUGACAGAGUUCUGUCACCACAAAGAGAGAGAGCAGCUCAUACAUAAAACAACACAGUGCGGAUGCUGAAGUACAGAAAAGGACACUUCUAUACGUAAAUCGCUGCGGUGUGGAAUUUUCUUUUUUAAAUGGAGUUAUUCAACUCAGCUCUUGGGAAAAACAUCACUUUUGUGCAUCCUGCAUAUUUCAUAAUAAGUGGUUUAUCUGGCUUGCCAAAUAUUAACCAUUACUAUGUCUUUCUGUUUUUUGUUUUUAUUGUUUCAGUGCUGGGAAACACAGUUGUAAUGGCUGUAAUAUACUUGGAUCAUAAUCUGAGAACUCCAAAAUAUGUUGCUGUUUUUAACAUGGCAUUUGUGGACCUGUGUGGUAGUUCUGCACUGGUGCCAAAGCUUCUUGACAUCUUCCUGUUGGAUCAUCCAUACAUCUCCUACAACGACUGCUUGGCAUUCCUUUUUUUCUGCUACACCUGCCUUUCUAUGCAGUCAUUUAAUCUGGUUGCACUCUCCUAUGACAGACUGAUAGCUAUCAUCUUCCCACUGCACUAUAGAGUGAAAGUGACCCACAGGUUUAUGCUGUCGUUGAUUGCCUCAUUCUGGGUCUUUAUUAUAACUGCUGUACUCAUUGCAGUUGGCCUUCUUACAAGACUUUCCUUCUGUAAUUCUGUUGUUAUUAACAGCUAUUUCUGUGACCAUGGCCAGAUAUACAGGCUUGCAUGCAACGACCAUUUCCCCAAUUAUGUAGUUGGCUGUUUGUAUCCUGUUCUUAUUUUUUGGCUUCCAUUCAUUUUUAUCAUUUUAACUUACCUAUAUAUUGGCUGUACUUUGGCUAAAGUGGCCACACUACGACAAGGAAUCAAAGCCUUUAAAACGUGCAUAGGUCAUCUCUCAUUGGUAGCAAUAUAUUUCAUCCCACUGUUAAUAACAUUUACCCUGAUGGAAAAAAUACAUCCAAAUGCCAGGAUCAUAAACUUGUCUCUGACCUCCGUCUUUCCUCCCAUGUUGAACCCAAUCAUUUAUGUUCUGCAGACGCAAGAAAUCAAAGAAUCUGUGAAAAGGUUAUUAAAAAUCAGAGGGAAAUCCAAAGUAACCGUGCAAAGAUUAACGAUAAUGUGA